AAAGUGAAAUGAAGAUGGGAAGCUGUUUAAAAUAGUCGGAGGCUCCCUGCAGCAACUUUACAGACAAAAAGAGGAGUGAACAAGUGGGAGAGACAGACGGCAGGGACUGAAGAAGAUAGAUCAAGGAACCAGACCUCGCUAGUCAGGGAGAUACAGCCUCUAUACUUGUUAUUCCAAGUCCAUAUUGUAAAACAGAAAGAACUCCGAGAAAAUGGAUCUGCUGUCAGCGCUAAAUUUAGGCGACUUUGCCAUCUAUUUUUCUAAAAUGCCCAUGUUCCCCAUUUUUGACUUGGGCUAUUUCAUCGUUUCAAUCCUCUACCUCAAAUAUGAACCAGGUGCAGUGGAGUUUUCCCGUAAAAGUCCUGUGGCCUCUUGGCUGUGUGCUAUGCUGUAUUGUUUCGGCAGUUAUAUUCUUGCUGAUAUUUUGCUUGGAGAAUCUCCCAUUGAUUAUUUCAGCAACAACAACCACAUACUUCUAGCUUCAGCGGUCUGGUACCUCAUCUUCUUCUGUCCCCUGAACUUGUUUUACAAGUUUGUCUCUUUCCUGCCUGUGAAGCUGAUCUUUGUUGCUUUAAAGGAGGUAGUACGAGUUCGUAAAAUCGCUGUAGGAGUUCACCACGCUCAUCAUGCCUACCAUCAUGGAUGGUUCAUCAUGGUUGCUACUGGAUGGGUCAAAGGUUCUGGAGUUGCACUUAUGACAAACUUUGAGCAGUUGAUUCGGGGAGUCUGGAAACCUGAAACAAAUGAAAUUAUGCACAUGACCUUCCCAACAAAGGCAAGCUUAUAUGGAGCCAUUCUUUUCGCCUUGCAACAAUCACACUGGCUACCCAUCUCAAAAGCCAAUCUGAUUUUCUUUUUCACUCUGUUCAUGAUUGUAUGCAAGGUUUUUAUGACAGCAACACAUUCCCAUGCUUCACCUUUUGCUCCAGUCGAAGCUGCAUUGUGCCCUAUCCUGUUUGGUUUUGGUGGUGACAGCCACGACGCUCAUCACCAUCAUCAUGAAGAUCAUGGGGAUUCACACGCUGCCCCAGUCCCUCAACCACUAGCCUCCCCUGCAAAAACAAAAGAAGAGCUGAAUGAAGGAACAAGAAAAAGGAAGACAAAGAAGGCUGAAUAGUGUUGUGAGUUUAAGUUGGAGUGGUCUACAGUAUGGCAAAUGGUGGAAAUGGCAUUUAAGUUCAGUCGGCAGAAAUGCAGCUGCCAUCAAGUUCUACAAAUAUAUAUAUUUAUAAUAAAUAUAUAUAAUAUAAAAGUGAAAAGUAAAUUAUGUUUACAAUGUAACUGUUACACUUUGGCAAAUUGAACAGUUGUGUGCUUCAUUUUCAGCAUAACUGAAGACUGAAGAUACUGUUUUAGAUCAGAGGACAAUAUUAUUCUUAUUUGACUUUUUUAAUUUGCCUCUGAGUAUUGGUGAAUAUAAAAAUAAAAAUAUUGGGAUUAUGUCUUUUUUCACUGUUUCACUGGUAUAAAAUGUCAUAUUAAAACAGCACCCUUCUGUUGUAUAUAAGAGAAGAAUUAAAUUAAUGAUGAAAUGCA